AUGUCAGACACACAACCACAGUGUGCUUGCUCAGCCUUCUUUGAAACAGAAUUAAAUCUACUCGAGCAUUUGGAAGAAUAUCGUUCCCGCGAACAGCGCCUGCAAGCCGAACUCGAGCGGUGUCGAGCCCAUUCGAGGCCCAAUGGUGAUGACUGUCGAGGGAAGGACGACAACGACCAAGGCGAGAGCGACGAUGACCAACAUAUUUAUGACAAAGAUGCCGGAAAUCCUAUGAGCACUAUAAGGAAGACUGGAGCUUCCAAAGGGCGUUUCUGUCCAUCCUGUGAACGUGCGAAGCCAUUUCCGAAAAUGCAGGGACUCCGGCGGCACUUCCAACAACAUGUCACAUGCGAGGAAGUUUGUGUGUGCUGUUUUAAAGUUUUCAGGCUCGUGAGCGAGUUCAUUAGACAUGCCGAUAGACAUGAUGGAGCAUGCGAAAGAAAACGGUCAUUCAUCAAGAAAACAUGUGAUGAGUUACGCGAACAAUCCGACAAACAACUAGCUCUCGCAAUGAGCCAGUGUCGAUCAGGCGUUCUUGUGGGGAAGAAACGGAAAUGGGAAGUGGCAGCUUUGGGCUCCGAUAUUUCGGGAGCUCAAGCCAAGUUUGACAGGAUCGGUAUGACGGCUUUGGACCAAAGUCUUUUUUCCCAAAGCAAUGAGGGUGACAGUUUUCGCCAGCUCGGCCAGGCUCGCGAUGAACUAUCUGCACCCCUAAUCCCGAUGCAGUCGCCCAUAGCCUUACCCCGGCUGAGCACCAUGGUUGAUACCGUCAAUCCUAACAGCUCUUCGAACAUGUCAACGGAGGAAAUCUACUUCAAUCCCGGAGAAGGGCAAACCCAAGAUCUCGACUUGCUACAAGAUUUUGAUGCUCCUAUCCUUCAGAUUAUGAACAGUAUCCCAGCAUUGUCGACCGGAUGGGCGGCUCAAGAUGAUUUUGUGGAUAUAACCACAGAAGCUGCAGUAUACCGUGAAUAA